AUGGCAAAGAAUAGGGGCAAAAGCAAGUUCGUUGUUGGCUCCUCGAGUGAGAGAGAGAACGUGCCCUCGGGGAGGUUACCGAAAUCUUCGAGGGGUCGACCUUCGGAGAGGCCGUUGGAGAAGAGUUCGAUUGGUUGGGAUGCUUCCGAAGAUGAACGCGCAACCUCUGUUCGGGCUGAUCCGUGGGAUUCCGCCUCCUCUGUUGAAGCUGUUCCUGUGAAGGUUGUGCUUCCUGAGUUGAAGACAACUUCGGACCCGGAUCAACGCAAAAGGAAGGGUAGCACUCUUUUGAGGCCUUCCACGCAUCCGAAGAAAGCGAAGGCUUCUCAGCCCUCGGAGAAGGAAGCGGUUUCGGAAGUUAUGCCUCCUCCUAAGAAUCUUCUUCACUUCAUGCCCUUGCCGGGGCAGAAGUUAAAGAGUGUGGUGGUUGCUGAACCGCCGCCCGUGGAUCAGCCGCUGAUCGAGGAAGAUAUCAUCCCCUCUCCCCUGAAACCAUCUGUUGCUUCGGGGAUCGAAAUCCAGGAUAUCACCGAGGUGGUGGAGGCGAUUGAAGCCGAUUUUGUUCCUGGUUUGGUUGUCCCUGAGGUAGCUGAGGAGAAGGAGUCUGCUGAUCUUCCCUUCGAGAGAGAGAAGAGUCCAGACAAGGAGAUGAUAGAUCUCUCGGGCCCCGAAGCUGCGGUCCCCGAGGUUCAGAAGGAGGUUCCCUCUGCUGGAGAGGAGGAGCAGCCCGAGCAAGGUUUGACGAGGAAGAGGCGCCACUCAACUUUGGGCUCUACUUCUACCUCGGCCCUGGAUAGGCUGAUCCAUGCUGAUCCCUGUUCGGAUAUUCCGCUAAAACGGAUCCCCGAAGAAGUAAGGGAGGCGAUGGCUCGAUAUGCUAGGGCUCCGAUUUUGGGAGAGGACCCCUUGGCCCACGUGGGAUCCUUGGUGGGCCCCGAGGCUGCUCGGGAGAAUCUGCUUCGUGCUAACCCGCAGUGGAGGGUUCCUGGGGCCGAAGAGAGGAAUCCGGCUAUGAUGGCCCAGUACUAUCUGAACGAGGCUGUUUUCUGGUCUUCGUUCGCUUCCGAGUGUAGCUCGGUUGAGGAGAAACAACUGAGGAAAUAUCGUGAGGCUUAUGCUCGUGAUAUUCCCAUUUUGGACCAGAAGGCUGGGCAACUCCUCUCCGAGCUUACGGAACUCAAGCAGCUGUACCUUCAUUAUAGUCGCGAGGCUAGAGAGUCUGCUGAGAAGAUCGGGACCGAGGUUGGCCAGCUCAUCUUCCGAGUUGAAGAGGAUGCUGAGAAGAUCGCUUCCUUUGCUGAGGAAAAGAAGGAUAUGGCCGCUAAGUUCGCUAGCGAACUUGAGGAAAAAGAUAGACUCUUCCAGGAGAUGAAGUCUAAAUUUGAAGCGGCCGACAAGGAGCAUAAAGAGGCGGAGUUAAGGCUCCACCAUUUUGUCCAGCAUCGGGAGCUGAUCCAGCAGCAAGCUGAUAAGGUGCCUGUCCUUCGGCUGAAGCUUCGGGAAAAGGAUGACUAUAUUCGGAAGCUGGAGCAGGAGCGAGUCAACCUCUACACUGCUGAUCAGUCAACACCAACACCAACAGCUAUACCUACAACUGGUAUUGCAUCACGCAUUCUUGCACUCGCUCUUGCUCUCUUGCAUUACAUGUUGAGAAACUUUUGUGUGAGACCGCCUCACAGGAAAGACCGCCUUGUUGGCAGUCUUGCUGGCAGCCCCGUUGGCAGCCAUGUUGGCGCAUGUGCUGACGUCAUGUUGACUGGUUUGGCUGAAUUGAGUCUCGUGGAGAACUUACUGAACGUGAAGCUGCUACAAUUUGUCAAUGUUGACCUGUAUGAUGUCAAGGUAACUUUCUCUACUAUCAUAGAGAUAGCUAACUUGCUCUACUAUAAUUGUCGAGCAUCCAUUCUUCCGUAUUUUUCCUUUCUUUCAUUCUUAGAUGCCUUAUAUAUAUGCUCUCGUUCUCUGAGGUUGGUACAGCAGAUAAGUAUUGUGGAUCUUUUACCUGUUUGCUGUUGCUUUUCUGCUGAUCUACCAGUCACUUUUCCAUCUAUUUCACCACCUUAG